AAAACAUGACUCUCCCCUGCUGUAUACCAGUGGUACAGUCAAAAGCUCAAAUUCCGAGAAUUGAGCUCUUCUGAUUCUUAGAACUGGGGUUCUUAGAAGUGGUGAUGCAAGAAGUUUCUAGGAAAGCCCUACCAGAUUUCGACAAAAUGGCAUGUGCAGCAGACAGCUGCAUUCAAUUCACACGCCAUGCAAGUGAUGUACUGCUGAACUUGAACCGGCUGCGCAGCAGGGACAUCCUGACUGACGUCACGAUUCUGGUCAACAGACAACAGUUUCGUGCUCAUAAGACGGUCCUCAUGGCUUGCAGUGGGUUGUUUUACACCAUCUUUACGGACUCCCUCAAAUGCAACCUGAACGCCAUCAGCCUGGACCCGAAGGUGGACCCUGAGGGCUUUGCCAUUCUGCUGGAGUUCAUGUACACCUCUCGCCUCACGCUGAAGGAGAGCCUGAUCAUCGCCAUCAUGAACACUGCCAUCUACCUGCAGAUGGACCACGUUGUUGACACUUGCCACAGGUUCAUUAAAUCCAGUGACCCAUCAACCAAGCUGCCCAGAGAAGAGUUUCUAGUCAGCCCGUUAAUGUUGCCUCAGGAUGUGCACGCUUACCGACCCCAUGAAGUGGCAGAGAAUUUACCCAGCCGGGCUGCCCCUUUCAGGGAUGGGAGAGCCUAUGGUUCCGGCAUGUUCAAUGGAGUCGGCGCUCCCAGCAGUUCUUAUCUUUAUGGCCAAUUCCCGGUUCAGGGGUUCCAUUUCCCAAUCGGAAAGCUGAGUGAUGCCAAGAGCUCUUUCCCCGACUUCGCUAAAGCGAGCGUACGGUGGGGAUCCGAGCACCACAAGAACGGUUCUCCACCGGACAACCCAGAAGACAUGCUGGCAGAGUACACCAGGGCCAAUGCCAGCAGUGCCCCCAGCGUCUGCCACGUGACCGUCUACCCUUCCAGAGAGAUGACCAGAGAGGACGAAGCCCGGAAGGAGGGCCUGGUUAGCGGCCACCAGCCGGCGGGCCUGGGCUCCAGGAAGCACGGCUUCCCCGGCCUGGUGCGGGAGCAGAGGGAGGCGGGCAAAGAGCACCCCCACCCUGUGGGGGAGGAAGACGCGAGCCAUCGGCACUACUCCCUCAGCGGCCGCAAGGGCCUCAUGAGCAGCCCGCAGAGCCCGCUCAAGUCCGACUGCCAGCCCAACUCCCCCACCGAGUCCAGCAGCAGCAAGAACGCCGCCUUCGCCCAGGCCACCCGCUCGCCGCCCGCCCAGGGCACGCAGGACCCCAAAGCCCGCAACUGGAAGAAGUACAAGUUCAUCGUGCUCAACUCGGCCAACCAGAGCUCCAAGGAGGACGAGGGCGGCCCCCGUGACGCGGAGGCGCGCUCCCCCCAGCGCCUGGGCUCGCCUGCCUACCUCCAGCCCGGCGAUUCGGACCACACCGACCUGCAGGGCGCUACCAAGAUCAACGGGCACGGCGAGGACUUCGCGCCGCCCCAGGCCAGUCGCCUCAACAACAUCAUGAACAGGGCCACGGAGGGAUCGCAGAGGGGCAGUGCUGGCCAUGCCGCUCUCUACAGGAGCCACUUGAAGUGUUCGUCCUGCGGCUCCCAGUCCCCACAGCACUCUGACGUCUGUUCCAACACUCCAGGGUCACAUCUGGGGGAAGAGGUGACAGAACUGCAUUCAGAGUAUUCAGACUCCAGCUGCGAAAACGGUACUUUCUUCUGUAACGAAUGCGACUCAAAGUUUGCGGAGGACGACGCUCUGAAACGGCACACGCUCCAGGUCCACAGCGACAAGCCAUACAAAUGUGAUCGCUGCCAGGCUGCCUUCCGCUACAAGGGAAAUCUCGCCAGCCAUAAAACCGUCCACACAGGGGAGAAACCGUAUCGCUGCAACAUCUGUGGUGCUCAGUUCAACAGACCAGCCAACCUCAAGACUCACACGCGCAUUCACUCCGGAGAAAAGCCAUACAAGUGCGAGACCUGCGGAGCACGCUUUGUACAGGUCGCCCACCUCCGCGCCCACGUGCUGAUUCAUACGGGGGAGAAGCCGUACCCUUGCGAGAUCUGCGGGACGCGUUUCCGUCACCUGCAGACACUCAAGAGCCAUUUGCGCAUACACACAGGAGAGAAGCCCUAUCAUUGUGAGAAAUGCAACCUGCACUUUCGCCACAAGAGCCAGCUGAGAUUGCACCUACGACAGAAGCAUGGCGCCAUCACGAACACCAAGAUCCAAUACCGCAUGUCCACUACAGACCUGCCAACUGAGUUCAAGGCCUGAGGAGAAAGACCAGGUGUCAUUGACCUUGGCAUUCAAACAAUCUGACUUAUACAAUCGUCCAAAAUUGUAGUGCCACACUGUGUGAGGGGGGGGGGGGGGAAGCACUGGCACUCUAUGCCAGUUUAAACGGGUUUCCUCUUCAUUCCAGUGAACAUACAACCAGAAAUGGUCUCUUAUAGGCACUUUAUUGUCUAUGUAGUCCAGUUGGGAGUGUUUAUAAGCUUUCUGAGGUAUAUAAAGCUUUAUUUUGUUGAAAAAAAAAAGAAAAGGAAUGUAGACAUUAAAAUCCCAGUUUUUGAGGAUAUAGUAUUUUAUAUCAAAGAACAUACUUUUCUGAAAGCAAAUAGGAAAUUUUGAUUGAGGGACGGUAUAUUUUAGGAUAUUGGCAUUUCUGGCAAAGCUGUACAAAGAAUUCUAUCUAUAAAUUUAUACAUAAAUGUAUGUUACACCGUGUGUAAUUGUCUUUUUCAUGUGAAAGGGCAGCCUGGCUCCGACAGUAACAUUUCAUAUCAGAAUAGGUUUCAGCUUAGAUCCCUUUUAGAAUGAAUGCUGCUUACUGAAGUACCGAAAAUAAUAUGCAUGAGGCAGGUGACUACUGUCGCCAAUAUUGAACAUUAAUAAAAUGGGGAAACGCAUACAUAGUGUGACAUAAAAAUGUACAAUAACAUCAAAAUCUGAUCUCUGCUGGCAGAGCAAAUCUGAAAUUCAUGUUGAAAUAUGUAUUUUAAGGUACUGCUGCGGUAUGACCGAGAAAAUAUUUUGCUUCAAAUGUAUUUGUAUAGAAAUGUCUUUUGUUUUGUUUUUUUUGCAAGUGAAGGUUUACAAUUUUGUUAUUGUAUUAGAAGCUACAGUAGAAGGUUGUAAAAUUGUCAGUUUCGUUUGUACAUACACUGUGUACUGAAGGUGCCUUUCUCUGUGGUGACUGAAUUCUUUUCCAUUCAGCCCAGUUCUAUUAAGGUACAACUCAAGGACAGCACUUGUCUGGGCUUUUGUGUGUUGGUGCGUGGGGUGUGCAUGUGUGUGUGUGUGUGUGACUGUGUGUGCGCGCGCGGACGUUUUGCUUUUCAUUGACCUUCAAAACAUGCAAAUUCAUUAUUGCUUGAGCUGUAAACCUUCAGGAAUUUGUUUGGGAUUGGGCUUUUUAAACAACUGCAUUAAGCUCAUCUUGUAAUAUAUUGAUGUAUGAAUGUAAAAUAAAAGUAUUGGAUUUCUAUGUA